GAAUCUUCCAGCACAAUCGUGGGCUGCAUAUAUUUAUUUUUGGCCUACCGCAGAAGCCGGUUAUCGAAGUAGGGCGGUUGAGGAAAAGUCCAGAAAUCCAGAGUUACACUUAAAUACUGCCAAGCGGAGGAAAGAAGUCAUUUGGACGAACUGAAUUUAGGAGAAGUUUUCAAGUAAGCUUUGUUUGACUAAACCAACAAUAUGAGCAAAGGACCAGCUAUUGGAAUUGACUUGGGCACCACCUAUUCCUGUGUAGGUGUGUUUCAACAUGGCAAGGUGGAGAUCAUCGCUAACGACCAGGGUAAUCGCACCACCCCCAGCUAUGUGGCGUUCACCGACUCUGAGCGUCUGAUUGGAGAUGCUGCCAUGAACCAGGUGGCGAUGAACCCUAGUAACACUGUGUUUGAUGCCAAGCGUCUCAUUGGCCGAAAGUUUGACGACCCCUCUGUCGCCGCAGACAUGAAGCAUUUCUCCUUCAAGGUCAUCAAUGAGGGCGGCAAACCAAAGAUCCAGGUGGAAUACAAGGGAGAACAGAAAACUUUCUAUCCUGAGGAGAUCUCUUCCAUGGUGUUGGUGAAGAUGAAGGAGGUGGCUGAGGCUUAUCUUGGCAAAAAAGUGACAGACUCCGUGAUCACAGUUCCAGCUUACUUUAAUGAUUCCCAGCGCCAGGCCACCAAAGAUGCCGGCACUAUCUCUGGCAUGAACGUGAUGCGUAUCAUCAAUGAGCCCACUGCUGCUGCCAUUGCUUAUGGGUUGGACAAGAAGGUUGGGGCAGAAAAGCAUGUCCUCAUCUUUGAUCUUGGUGGUGGUACUUUUGAUGUGUCCAUCUUGACCAUUGAGGACGGUAUAUUUGAGGUCAAGUCCACAUCUGGUGAUACUCACUUGGGAGGAGAAGAUUUUGACAACAGAAUGGUCAACCACUUCAUCUCUGAAUUCAAGCGUAAAAACAAGAAAGACAUCACACAAAACAAGCGUGCUGUGCGCCGUCUACGCACAGCCUGCGAGCGUGCCAAGCGAACCCUUUCCUCCAGCACUCAAGCAAGCAUUGAAAUCGAUUCCCUCUUUGAAGGAAUUGAUUUCUACACCAACAUCACCCGUGCUCGCUUUGAGGAACUCUGCGCUGAUCUCUUCCGCGGCACCCUGGAACCUGUCGAGAAGUCCCUGAGGGAUGCCAAGCUCGACAAGGGUCAGAUUCACGAGAUUGUUCUCGUGGGCGGCUCCACACGUAUUCCCAGGAUCCAGAAGCUGCUCCAGGAUUUCUUCAACGGCAAGGAACUGAACAAGAGUAUCAACCCUGACGAGGCUGUGGCUUACGGAGCAGCUGUCCAGGCUGCCAUUCUGUCGGGUGACAAGUCUGACGAGGUCCAGGACCUCUUGCUGCUGGAUGUUGCCCCUCUUUCCCUGGGCAUAGAAACAGCUGGAGGGGUGAUGACCGCUCUCAUUAAGAGGAACACCACUGUCCCCACCAAGCAGACCCAGGUGUUCACCACAUAUGCUGACAACCAGCCUGGUGUGCUUAUACAGGUGUACGAGGGUGAGAGAGCUAUGACCAAAGACAACAACUUGCUGGGCAAGUUUGAGCUGACGGGUAUUCCACCCGCCCCUCGCGGUGUCCCUCAGAUAGAGGUCACGUUUGAUAUCGAUGCCAAUGGUAUCUUGAAUGUCUCUGCUGCUGACAAGAGCACAGGAAAGGAGAACAAGAUUACAAUUACAAAUGACAAAGGUCGACUGAGCAAGGAAGAAAUUGACCGUAUGGUCAACGAAGCUGACCAGUACAAGGCCGAGGACGAGAAACAACGCAAUCGCAUUCACGCCAAGAACGGCUUGGAAAGCUACGCGUUCAACAUGAAAUCUACAGUGGAGGAUGAAAAGCUGAAGGAUAAGAUUAGUGACAGCGACCGUGACACUAUCACCAACAAAUGUAAAGAAGUGAUAGAUUGGCUGGAUAGUAACCAGCUGGCAGAGAAGGAAGAGUUUGAAGACAAACAGAAGGAGCUGGAGAAGAUCUGCAACCCCAUCAUCACCAAGCUGUACCAGGGAGCUGAGGGUGCAGGUGGCGCCCCCGGUGGAGGUGCUCCUGGGGGUCAAGGUCAGGGGGGUCAAGGUGGCCAGGGACCAACCAUUGAAGAAGUGGAUUAAAUGUGCCAUGUUUUUUUUUUAAUCAUUCACAGCUGAAGUGCUUCCAUGUUUAUUGUUGCAGCUUGAUGACAUUAUUAUGUAACAUUUACAUAUAUUUUAACUCUGUAUAUCAGACAGUAGGCUUUAUGUGGUUGAUAUUUGUCUAGGGAUAGUAACUUUUUGAUGAUAAGAUUUGUGCUGUUAAAUUGCUUAUACACUGUUACAUGUAAUAAUACAUGGGUCCUGUAUUCCCAUUAACUUGAAUUAUCCAUAACUUUGGGUUAUGAUGAAAGUCCAGAAGUACUGGAUGGUAAAUAUUUUAUAAAGUUGUAAACACAAACAUUUCCGACAGUGAUUGACCAUCUAAAUUAUAUUUCUUGAAAUGUAAAGGUCAUAUUCUUAUGGCAUACACGGAGGCCAUAAGUCUAAGGUCCUUGUUAGACAAUUUUCUGCAAAUAAGAAAAAAUUUCUCAAAUUGUUGUGAAAACUUAAUGGUUGUGGUUUUACAGUAUUAAAGAUAAAAAACAACAAAUUAUUAAAUAAUUAUAAGAUUGCACUCUUAAAUUAAAAUCCUUAAAUUUAAGCCAUUCAUGAAUAACAUAUUGUGAACUUUAAUGUCAUUGACAUGAUAAUAGGCCUUCCUGAAGUAAAAGUGCAGGUAACAUUUAGAAAAAGGUGCCUGCUGGGAUAAGUAUAUAUUAUUUAGCAGUGCAGUUCUUAAAAUCCCCACAAGUAAUUAAAAGCAUCAUUUUAUCAAGUGGGAUGGACAUAACUGGUACCAUAACAUCUUACGUAAUUACUAUUCAUUCUUUGCAUGCUUAAGACAUUUUCUUUGUUAUAUUUAUAUUACACAUUUAUCAAAGACAACAUGUUAAAUUUUAUGUUUCAAAAUGUGAAACUUUUUUUUCUAUUUUGUGCCAUAUGAUAUUGUUUCUGUGAAACAACAACAAAAAAUCAAUUUUUUACCUCUAAAUUGACAAUUGUUGCUUUACUGAAAAUGUUAAAUGUUUCCUGAAUAAUGGAGGGAUUUUGUACCAAAUGUAAUUUUCCUUGAGAAAAAGCAAAAUUUAUGUUCUCGCAAACCAUUGUACAUGAAAAUAUUUUAAACAUAGGUACAAGGUACCUUUAAAAUACAAGUUUUGUUAGUUACAAGUUUGUCUUUUGAGUAAAGUGAUCAUGUUUUUUUUUGGUUUUAUUGUUAUUACUAUCUGUUUUUACUGUAUUCUUCAGAAUAAAUGUAAUUUUUGC